AUGAAGAUAGUGUCCACAGGCUGCAUGCUAUUGCUAUCAGCGAAUUUGUUGGCAUUACUACAAGAGACCAAUGGUGCAACAGCUGUUAUGUUGGUCAAAUUGGGUGACACGGUGGAUAUUUAUUUUGGCAAAGAUGUUACAAUGAUUAAAACUGCAGAAAUACUUGUAAAUGAUAGCAAAUUGACUAAUUUCGCGCGAAAGAAAUUUGGUAAUCGGAUCGAAUGGCGUAAUGGUAAAAUGACAAUCAUGAAUAUUAAAUCGAUCGAUUUGUCCACUUUCUUAUAUAAUCUGCAUGACAAACCAAUGGCUAUUUCGUUGGAAGAAAAAUGA